AUGUGUCGGUGCAGGGCCGCGGUGAUGAGCACCUUAUCGCGGUGGCCGCCCUUCGCCGCGUGCUGGUGUACCGCAUCGCAGGCGCCACACUCACGCUCGUGUGCGCCGCCGACAGCAGAUCCACCUGCACGACAGUGGCGCUGCGGUACCCGUUCAUCUCCUGCGGCCUACACAUGUGGGGGACGCAGUACAUGCAGCUGCUUCCGGAGGGCGGCGACGCGGAGGACGGCCUGGAGUGGGACGUCUCCUCCUCCUCCAUCUCUGAGGGCUGCAGGUACGGCGUGGGCAGACGCUUCGGUGGUGGUGGUGGUGACGGCAACAACAACAACAACAACA